GCACGGGACAUGAUCCUCGAAGCCAUUUUGAACCUCUCUACACGCAGAGCUGCGCCCUGGUUCAAGGCGGGUAUUCGUACCGGUGGAGGACUGGAUGGUGUUGCUGACGCCACAAUUGAUGCUGUGGACUACCUCAAGGAUCUCUGCACUUUCGACGGACCCGGUAGAAGGUCUAACUUCUUUGUCUCCACCGCUAAGAACCCCACCGGUUUGGACGACUUCUCGUUAGACAAUUUAAAAAGAGUCGGACAUUAUGCAAAAAUGCUAGAAAAUAUGACCUACAUGAAUCCAGACAAUCAAACUCACCUAGUUCGUUACAAAGAGCGCGCUCUGAUUGACCGAUUGGUCCAGUGCAUUCGUCUCUGUGCCUCCCGCCUCCCACGCCAUGCACCGCCCUCCGUUUCCUGGACAGACCUUCUAUGGAAGGAGUCAGAAGAGAAGACAUCUGGUCAACAGGACCAGAAUCAACCGCCCACCUCCUCAACCGAAGGCGUCAAGCCGACGACUUCCAAUGAAGUGGAGUUUCAACAAGAUCAACAAACUCUCCUAACUUGCCUUCUUGCAAUAUUUCGUCUAUUUGUAAAUGUCUCGCAUAGCGAAUAUGCCAGCGACCGACUGGGCGGAUGUCCUGACCUUCUGGAAGCCACUCUAGACUGUCUCUUUCACCUACCAGAUCGUCUACCUUCUUCCCGACGGUUUGAUCUACUCAUUCUCGUACUUUGUCUCUUGGCAAACCUUUGUGAACACUGUCCAGAGAACCGAAUACGAAUUGUUCACUUGGAGGUUCGGAGUCCGGAGAGUUCAAUUGAUGGUGGUGUUGGUAAUGGUGAUGCAAAUGGUGAAAAUGUAAGUAUAGCCGAUGUGGGUUACGAAGACGAUGAAGCGGAAGGUGGUGGUGGUGGUAAUGGAUCUCCGAGAUUUGCGGCUCCUCCACGUGUGCCUACAGUAUCAGCGUUGGACGAGGUAGUAAAACUCUUUCUCUAUCGUGAAAAGAAAACUCUCAUGCAUGAGUUUGAACGAGAGGAAGAGGGAAUGGAGGAAAAAGACAAAAAGACUGAGGAAGCUGAUUCUACAACUACAACCAUAUCAACUCUCCAGCGACCGAAACCACCCCCUUCCCUCCUCACUGACAGUGGAACAGAGACGAUUGAAGAAGCGGGGUUGAAGUGGCGUCUUAUCGGCGGAAAUAGACAUGGAGCUGGUAGGGUCGGAGGUACUGACUCCUCAAUGUCUGGUGCUGCUUCAAGAUCUUCAAAGUCCUUGAAACGCUCUCGAAUGCGUGCAAAACGAAGACGACGUCGUCAAACCCUGUUACGACGAGGAGGUGUUGAAAAGAGAGCCAGGCUUGAUGGAGUAAUGAGUUCUGAUGAUGAAGAGGAGGAUGAUGAAGAUGACGAGGAAGAAGAGGAUGAGGAUGAGAUGUGCAGUGAUGAGGAUGAGGGUAGUGAUGGUAGUGAAGAGGAGGAUGAGUAUGACGAGGACGAUGAGCUGUGUGGAGGAGCCGAUGUGGAAUUCGUUGCAGAGACGCAAGAAGAGCAAGAGAAGUUGAAGGAACGCAUGUCUUCAGCCAAUCAACACAUGGAGGACUCCGUGGUGGCGGCCUAUGCUGUGGAUGUCCUGAUGGCUAGCUGA